ACCAAUGUGUCGCCUUUGACUUCAGUGAAGGGGUUGAUCUGAUGAAGGAAAGGCUCUUUUUGGUAUUUAAGGAGGUGCAGACCCCCUCCUCCUCUCUCCAUUGGGACUUCCGCUCUUUCUCUCUGUUCUCAGAUCUUCCUCUGCUUCGGCAGGAUACCACUGUGUCUCGUCUCAGAAGGCUAUCUAGAACACAAAUAUGGUGAAGAUUUGCUGCAUUGGUGCUGGCUAUGUCGGUGGCCCAACCAUGGCUGUCAUUGCUUUGAAAUGCCCCUCCAUCGAGGUGGUAGUUGUAGACAUUUCUGUCACUCGCAUCGCUGCAUGGAACAGCGAUCAGCUCCCGAUCUAUGAGCCAGGCCUUGAAGAUGUCGUCAAGCAGUGCCGAGGGAGGAACCUCUUCUUUAGCACUGAGGUUGAGAAGCAUGUCUGCGAGGCUGAUAUCAUCUUCGUCUCGGUGAACACCCCAACCAAAACUCGUGGUCUUGGUGCAGGUAAGGCUGCUGAUCUUACCUACUGGGAGAGUGCAGCUCGCAUGAUUGCCGAUGUCUCAAAAUCUGACAAGAUCGUGGUCGAGAAGUCCACUGUCCCUGUUAAGACUGCUGAGGCUAUCGAGAAGAUCUUAACCCACAACAGCAAAGGCAUCAACUACCAGAUCCUCUCCAACCCAGAGUUCCUCGCAGAGGGUACGGCAAUUCAGGACCUAUUCAACCCUGACCGAGUCCUAAUUGGAGGCAGGGAAACCCCGGAGGGCCAGAAGGCUGUCCAAGCACUGAAAGAAGUCUAUGCCAAUUGGGUCCCUGAGGAUAGAAUCAUCACAACCAAUCUGUGGUCUGCGGAACUCUCCAAGCUUGCUGCUAAUGCCUUCUUAGCUCAGAGGAUCUCAUCGGUGAAUGCCAUUUCGGCACUCUGUGAGGCCACAGGAGCAAAUGUGGCUGAGGUGGCCUAUGCUGUUGGAAAGGACUCCAGGAUCGGGCCUAAGUUCUUGAAUGCAAGUGUUGGAUUUGGUGGCUCCUGCUUCCAGAAGGACAUCCUGAACUUGGUCUACAUCUGCGAGUGCAAUGGUCUCCCGGAGGUGGCCAACUAUUGGAAGCAAGUUAUCAAGAUCAAUGACUACCAAAAAAGCAGGUUUGUGAACCGUGUGGUCUCCUCCAUGUUCAAUACUGUGGCUGGAAAAAAGAUUGCUGUACUUGGGUUUGCAUUCAAGAAGGACACUGGAGACACAAGGGAGACUCCAGCCAUUGAUGUUUGCAAGGGCCUUUUGGGUGAUAAGGCCAAGAUUAGCAUCUAUGAUCCCCAAGUGACCGAGGACCAGAUCCAGCGUGAUCUUGCGAUGAACAAGUUUGACUGGGAUCACCCUAUCCACCUCCAGCCGAUGAGCCCAACGGCUGUGAAGGAAGUGACUGUGACCUGGGAUGCCUAUGAGGCCACCAAGGGAGCACACGGGGUCUGCAUCCUGACCGAGUGGGAUGAGUUCAAGACACUGGACUACUCAAAGAUCUACCAGAACAUGCAGAAACCUGCUUUUGUCUUUGAUGGACGCAAUGUGGUGGACUCUGAUAAGCUUAGGGAGAUCGGUUUCAUCGUUUACUCAAUUGGGAAGCCAUUGGAUCCAUGGCUGAAGGACAUGCCUGCUGUGGCCUAAAAGCGAGAGGAAUACAUUAGAUCAUAAGGUUAAAUUUAAGGUUUAGAACUGAAGACUUUCAUAAUAUUUGUCUUUCUGGAUUUUCUCUGAUGGCCUAUUGCUUUUCAUUUUCUAGUUAGCCAGGGAAUGCUGGUUGCAUUGUUAUCAUGCCUCCAAUCCUAUUGUACUCUGUGUCGAGUGUCUUUUGUUGCAUUAUAUGAAAGAACUGAUACCUUUUUAUCUCUUAUA